AUGUCUCAGCCCAAGACAGUUGCGCAGCGCAUGGCAACUUGGCCUAAGAAUGCAACUCAACAUCCGGGACGCAUCGUGAUUGAAACGCGAAAGGAGGCAAAGGAGGCAAGUCAUAAAGCUGUGCAGGAAAGUUAUCAGCGUAUUGCAACUAUGCAAGCACAGAUGCAGGCUGAUCAAGAGAAUGCCCGUGUUGACGCACCUAAGCCUAAGCCUCCUCGUGCACGCCCAGUGGGGAAGGCUGCAAAAACCUCGAAGACCCCCGACUCGACUAUGGAUGGCAAGGGUCAAAAGGGUAGAGCCAGACAGUUAGCAGCUGGUGUUAAUGUUGAACAUCCUGCGACUGAUGAAGACUUGGAGGAGGAGCCAGUAGUAGCAGCAAAACCCCAGAGAAAAAAGGCCACCAAACCGCUGGUGAGAGAUGCGAUUGAAGCGUUAAACGCUGGCGUCGUUAUCGAUGGAUCAACAAAGGCACGUGACGCAAACGUCAAGACGAUUGAUAUUACUAGCUCCGCUUCUCUAAGCUCACAAAGAGGGAGCACUAUCAGCAGCAAUGUUCCACCCCGUCCACACCCAUCAGACGAGUACGACUCGGAGGAGCUGUUCACCAAACCUCUUUCUGGUUUCAAAGGCAAAAAGGCUUUAACUAUCGCGUCCAAAGCACUUGACGAUCGCGCAGAAGUCCUCAGCGAUAUCCGCGACCAAAUUAUCUUCAUGAAUUCGGGUAUUGGCGACAUCCCCCCUCCUCCACAGCUUGCCUCCCUGGGGGACUAUAAGUCCGAUUCCGAUGCCAGUCACGAGCUACAGGCCGCGGAUUAUGACUCUGACCUUACCAACAUUGCUACCACUCUCAAAGCCCCUCCGGCGAAACGGCUGAAGUCCGAAUCGUCCACUACCACUAUAACUGGUUCCCAUCGCGCUAUCGCCACUGCUAUCGCCACUCCCUCCAAGGCAAUUGCGCGUUCUGCAUUCAGGAAGAAGCAUCUUCCAAAGGGUUGUCAGAUGGCAAACAAGUGGGCAAGGGAGUUCAUUCCUACUGCCAUUCGCUGUGUUGGCGAUUUAUCUGAAGUAUGGACGCUAUCAGAUGACAUUCUCUGUCCUAUCUUGCAGUCAGCCUGGGACGCGGUCUACAAAGACAAGAUUCCACACACGGUUACAGCAGACGGGCCUGUCAUCGCCCUCACCCUCCAGCGGUUGUCAGAGUGGCGCAAUAGCAUUAGCAAUGUGGCUCUCGUUGUACUCGCUAACUUCAUGAUCUCGCAGGAGGACCUCAACACCGAUCAGGACCAGGACGGAGAGAUGUCCAGACCAUUCCAGUCUGACCUCCUUGUGCAGGUCCUUGUGCAGCACAAGUGCGCCACGUCUGGCGCUGUCAACAUGCCAGGAACAAACAACACAUUGCCGGGACACUCGAAGGGCGCUCUCGCUCUCAUGGAACGUGCCAUCAAACUUUUUGCCAAUGGGCAGAUGCUUCUGAGCGACAUCGCCACCGCUGGCAACGGCCGAAACAACAAGACCCCGCUGCACAUCAAUCCGUCAACGGGUAAAGAGAGUAGUGUUCCAUUGGCCCGCUUGCCAGACUCGGUCAUUUACCGCAACUCGGAGCUCGCGCAGAGCCUUGCCAUGAAGAGGCGUUGGCACACGGAUGGAGGUGGAUGA